AUGAGCAUCGAAAAAGGCUCCAUGCAAUCAAAUGAUUUGAGAUAUUCGAAUUCUAUACUCGAGUCCAUCGCCAAGUGGGCCUCUGAACAACAGCGUAUUAUCACCUACGCCCAAACGACUAGUGGCGGAUGGGAGGGAUGGGCGCAAGUCGAGCUGGCAUUCAAUCUUGAUCGAGCCUACGGUUUUAAAUACGAUGAGGGUAGUAUAAUUAGCCUGAGUCGCGAAUCUCACGUGUUCACGAUCAAGGCGGAAAGAGUCGAUCUUGACAUUUCGGGACCUGGCCAUACCCUACUGGAAUUGAAGUGCGAAAGAGGUCCUCCACGAAAGAGUGACCCUAAAAAUCCGGGUCAUUACAUACUGGAUACUGCUCCUUCUAAAAGCUCGGCUCAAACUUUCGCGGACGAUCUGAAAGCUGACAAAAAGAAGAUCACGGAAAAGCUGAACGCCGAGUCGUCAUACAAGUCUGCCUUUGUGAUCGGAAUUGCCGUAACGCCAGAGGCUGACCGUAUGAUGAUAUCGGAGGACAGUGGGUUCACCAAGUAUCAGUCCAACUACAAUACUGGCCCGAUAACAAUUUGGUACUGGAAGAAGACUUAA